AUGAUUUUCACGAAAGCACCCAAGCCCGUAUUCCCUGCAGAGGCGGCAUCGUUGGAAUAUGCUGCUUCGCUGGAUGCCGCGGACCCUUUGAGAGGUUUCCGCGACCAAUUCAUUAUUCCCUCCAAGGCCAAUCUCGCGACAAAGAAGCUAGCGAAGCCGGGACUUUCCUCAGAGCCCAGCAUUUAUUUCUGCGGUAAUUCAUUGGGUAUCCAGCCCAAGGCCGUAUCAAAGUACAUGGAGGCCCAGCUGGAUACCUGGUCAUCCAUUGGAGUCUGCGGCCACUUCACUGAUCUCGAAGACUCACCAUUGAAGCAAUGGCAGCUAUUGGCCGAGCAGGCUGCUGCGUCCAUGGCCCGGGUUGUCGGUGCUGCGCCUGAAGAAGUCGCCGCUAUGGGCACAUUAACCGGGAAUCUUCAUUUAUUGCUUGCUAGCUUCUACAAGCCGACUGAGACCCGACGAAAGAUCUUGAUGGAUUGGAAGGCAUUCCCUAGCGACCAUUACGCAAUCGAGUCUCACAUUGCCUGGCACGGCCUCGACGCUAAAGAGAACAUGGUUCUCAUUGGCCCAGAUGAAGGCCAACAUGAGAUCUCAACAGAGAAGAUCCUGUCGUACAUCGACAAGCACGCCGAGGAUGGAGCAUUGCUUCUCCUCCCCGGUAUCCAGUACUACACCGGGCAGCUAUUCGACAUCCCUCAGAUCACCAAGUAUGCUAAAGCGCGCAAUCUCGUCGUUGGAUGGGAUCUUGCUCACGCCUACGGAAAUGUGGAGCUCAAGAUGCACGACUGGAACGUUGACUUUGCUGCUUGGUGUACAUACAAGUAUGGAAAUGCCGGGCCCGGCGCGAUGGGUGGUCUUUUCGUUCAUGAGAGACAUGGAAAGGUUGAUUACAGUGCUGGCGAGGACUCUCCCAAGUUCCGUCAUCGAUUGACUGGAUGGUAUGGUGGUGACCGCUCGGUCAGAUUUAAGAUGGAUAAUAACUUCAAGCCAAUUCCGGGUGCCGGAGGUUUCCAGCUCUCCAACCCUUCAGUCAUUGAUCUCACUUGUCUCUGCGCAGCAUUGUCCGUCUUCGACCAGACCUCGAUGACAAACCUGCGCCAAAAGUCUAUCAAGUUGACAGCCUAUCUGGAGCACCUGCUUUUGAAGGAUACUACGAAAGAGACAUGCUUAUUUGAGAUCAUCACUCCCUCAGAUCCCCAUGCUCGCGGUGCGCAAUUGAGCAUUCUGCUCAAGCCUGGCCUGUUGCACACAGUAUCGGACAGGCUGCAGAAUGCGGGUAUCAUUUGCGACAAGCGCGAGCCCGGUGUCGUCCGUGUUGCGCCUACGCCUUUGUACAACACUUUCUCCGAAGUAUUCAAGUUCGUCGAGGAGUUCAAGGGUUCGCUGUCUUCAUUAUAA